CAGGCAUGUAACACAUUUUGCAUUUACUGCUUUUCCCUCCGUAAAUUAAUCCACGUUAUUGCGACGUGUUUAGCGGUUAAACUGAGCUGUAGUUCGGGAAGAUAUACUUCGAUGUUCAAGGUGUUUUUAUUUAACGGAAAACCACUAAAAAGCAGACUUUAAAACUUCCGAAUCCUUGUCUGGCCAAACUCCGUUCAAAAAGAAUGAGCUCCUACACUUAAUUUGAAAAUUCUGAAAUUGAAUUUUAACUAAAGAGUAAAUCGUUGGUUAGUUGUAUUAAUGUGAGUAUAGUCUUUUAUUCGGCAUUGACAAAAUCUAUGAAUAUGCUAAUUUGGGAUCCAGUUGAGUAUAUGUAAUUUAGGAAAAACGUACAGGCUAAUCUUAAAUUGAUGUAAUGUAUUCAAUGCAUCGUUGCUUCAUCGUUGGCAAAACUAAAUAUGAGUUCAACGGUAUAUCCUAGAACAGUGUCGUUACCAUUUUUGUUCUAAUUGUGGACAUAAGGAUGCUUAUUUGCAGGUUUACUUAAUUUGGGUUUCGCUGCUUCUGAUUUGGCUAAUUUUGUUUUUAUCAACAUUUCCUUUAAGGAGGAUGGCUAGCCUAUGGAGAUCCUAUCAGGCCUUGAUGACCAAAUAUCCCUGGUCAGUCCAGAUAGUCACAGCUGGGUCUCUGGUGGGUGUGGGUGAUGUCAUCUCCCAACAGCUGAUUGAGAGGAGAGGAUUAGCUCAUCACAAUGUGGGACGAACAGCCCGGAUGAUGAGUAUAGGAUUCUUCUUUGUGGGUCCGGUAAUCGGCAGCUGGUACAAAGUUUUGGACAGGAUCGUGGUUGGAGGGUCUAAAUCGGACGCCAUGAAGAAAAUGCUUGUUGACCAGUUGUGUUUUGCUCCGUGCUUCCUGGGAACUUUCCUCUGUAUUUCUGGAGCCCUGAACGGACUAACAGCGGAGGAGAACAUCGCCAAACUUAAGAGGGAUUACACAGAUGCCCUGAUCUCUAACUACUAUUUGUGGCCUCCAGUCCAGAUUGCUAAUUUCUACUUCGUCCCGCUGCAUCACAGACUGGCCGUCGUCCAGAUAGUCGCCGUCGCCUGGAACUCCUACCUGACCUGGAAGGCCAACAAGAUGUGAAGAAACCUCACAAGUCCAGCCUGUCUUGUUGUUGAUGAUGAUGAUUUUUACACUCAUUUGUACUGUAGACUGCGAGUGUGUGUGAGAAAUGAGCACAACUUACUUUAGUCUUCUGAUAUUUCCAAAGUGUAAAACUGUGACUGAAUCACAUGUAAAAGGUCGGGGAAGAUUGCUCGUCUACUCUGAGUGACAAAUUCACACUUGAAAGUCAAACUUGCAUUUUUGCAGAAUCGUCUGUGAAAGUUUGUUAUUUAUGGAAAUGGGAUUUGGCUGCAGAGCUGCAGUGGAGCCACACGAACAUUAACACCUGCUGGUUGAUGAAGGAAAUGUUCUCCUCAUCGCCUCGAUGAGCUUCACUCAUAAUGUAUUUUUGAUUUACAUGUUUGCUUUACUGGACUCUUCUCCACCUGAUUCAUUGACUUUGUUCUAGUUUCUUCUGCCAGCAUUUUAAUGACCCUCAGGAACAAAAGGUUGUUUUCUAAAUGUUUAAAAGUCUUAUCCGUCAUGGUUUACUCUUUGUUUUAGUUUAACUUUAGAUUUGGAAGAAUCGCAACUGCAGAUCUCAGUAGCUGCAUUUCCAUUGACCAUAUAAUUGAGCAAUUUGACGUUUUGAAAAUACAUUUGCUUCAUGGAAAUGCUCCAGUUUCGGGGGAAAAAAAGAAAAACGCUUGUUUUUCGCUAAAAAGUUCUUGUGCUAUGGUGAGGAAUAUUGAAAUGACCUUAUGUCACAAAACACUGGAAACACUUUUUUGAGUCUUCAAGGUGUUUAUGGACUGACUUUUUUUGACCAUUUACCACUUUUCCAAGCUUGUGGAAACUGACUUUCUACUUUUAUCCAGAUUAAUUAAUGUUGACGACUUUUCUUCACAUCUCUACUUGAAUUUCUGUAGAUCAGGGCAUAAUUUGUUGCUUUUUGAAAUAUUUUCACCCUCAUUGGUUUAUUGAAUCUACAGGUAAGAGGAUAGCCAGACCUGGUUGUAGCAAAAUAAAUGUAUUAAUUACAAUGAAUUGAUGAUUUAACGAGGGCAGCAAUUCUAUUUUCACAUAGCCAUGUUGGUUUUGCUCUGUUUAGUUCAAGUGAACCAUCAUUAUCUCUGCAUCCUAAAAACUGCCUCUAAGAACCAGGUUGGCAUUUUCAUACUUUAAGGAACACGUUGAAUAUUUACUGUGCACAUUUUAACAAAUAAAAAUCCUACAUAAUGUUUGAAACCAUAAAA